AUUGCUAAAAGAGCUACGUAUCCAUACUCCAAUAAGCAGGAACCGCUACAUAAAAUUCUCCCCAAAGCCUACAAUGAACUCAGCUCUCUGCUCGACCCUCUCUUUCUCUCCUCGCUUCAAUGAACUCUCCCUCCUCCUCUGCCAUUCAUUUCUCUCUCCUAACUUUCUGCCCUUAGAUCUCUUUUUCUGCUCUUCAUCCCUCGCGCCCUUGACCAUUACGUUCUAGGGCUUAGCCUUCUAAUCAACCAAUCGUAAAAAAAACGAACGACGCACUUUGGAAAAUCACAACCCGACUCCAGCACGAAUCAGGUUAAAGGCCGCCAUGUUUUCGAGAUGGAGCAGAGCCGUGACGUAUCUCUAUAGGGUUGGACCACAGAAGGACGUGGUAAUCAGGAGAGAUUUCUGUUCUCUCUCGGGCCGAGGGUAUUCGAAAGUGGCUGCCACUGCUGAGGUGCCGGCAGGGGUGGAUUCCGGUGAGAAAGGCCAUGCGAAUAUGCCGGAGGUAAACUUGAAUAAGAUGUUUUGGGCUAAACCCCGUUCAUUGGCUUUGGCCGCUGAUUCCCCAUUACGAGUUGAAGAGCCAAAGUAUGAGGGCAUCAGGCAUAUAAUUUUCAAGCUGCUGCUAUUUUAUAGUAAACAAAGCAAGUCCAUUCGAGGGGCAAAUGUUGUUUACCGCCGCAUCGUUUCACAAGUUGAUAAACCUGCCAUUUAUAAUGUAUUUAGCCUGGAGAAGACCUUCAAAAUGACAUUCUCUUUGCUCGUGCUUCACAUGUGGCUUUGCUUACGCCGGUUGAAACAAGAGGGAAAUGAAGGUGUUGAGUUUGGGCAGUACUUGUACGAGUUAUACAAUCAUGAUGUAGAGAUGCGAGUAUCUAAGGCUGGGGUUAACUUACUAUUGACUAGAUGGAUGAAGGAUUUGGAGAAGAUAUUUUAUGGAAAUAUUGUUGCUUAUGAUGCUGCCCUGCUACCAGAAGCUAAACAAGAGGAGUUGGAAAAUGUGCUGUGGAGGAAUGUGUUCUCCGAUGAUGGCUCAUCAAUACCAGAUGAUUCUGGUUUACGUGCAGUUCAGGCUAUGUCAAGGUAUGUUCGCAGGGAAUCUACUUGCCUCUCGUUAACAGAAAAAGAAGCUUUAUUUUCUGGGAACUUUAUGUUCACGUCAUUGGAGAAUUCGUCGAGCCAUAUGCCAAAGAAUACAGCAUAGAACAGUCUGAGACGAGAUUAUGGCAACAUGUUGACACAAUUAGGGGGAUCCUAUGGUGGUUCAUUGGAUAUAUAAGUAGGCAGGAUUUCGGAUUGCACACGAGAGUAAUGAAUAUGAAGGCAUCUUUUUAUUCUUUCUUUUUUUAGAGAAGGGAUCUCUUUGUUCACCAUGGAUAUAUUUGUAUGUUUGCUGAAGAAAGUGAUUUGUUGGGUACUUGACUUUCGGUUACUCAAUAUCAGCUGGUUGAAUAAUGAGACCUUUUAUGAUGA